AUGACCUCCUUAGCUGCACCACCCGACAAGCUUUCAACAUAUCUGUCUUUUUAUCGUAGAAGAAUGUUCGAGGUGAAAGCACUUAUGGAGAGCUUGCAACAAACAAUCGAGCAAAAGAAGCAGCGCCUAAACUUCUUGAAGUAUCGUCUUCAACAACUCAAGGCUGGCCAACCGCCACUAAAGCAGCUAGAACCCAUCGAGUCUAUGGUUCUACACCCACGAGGCCGAUCGCUGGCUUUUCUCCCGGUGCCCUGCCCUGCAUCAAUCAAGUGUUAUUCAGUGGGGUAUUUGGGUAUAGCGUAUAACGUGUUUAGAAAACGGUUCGAAUCCCCACGUCAGCCGUUUAUUGCGCACGCAGGCACUGAGCUGACCCGGAUAGUCUUCACUGAUCAAGGCUGGGAGAGACUUCUUCAGCUAUCGGCACUGGGUGUUGGUGGCAUGGAGAGGGCCCAAGGGAGUGCUGGAUCCAGCACGCCAGUCUACCUGCUACUCCACACUCACUUUAAUCGCAACCAUACCUUCCGGUGUUAUAUUAUGCCUCCGCGUCAGACACACAGGGUUGGACUGUUUUCGACUCGAUCUCCCCAUCGGAUAAACCCACUGGGGCUUUCCAUAGUUAAGGUAGAGUCUCUUGAUAGUCAGCUGCGCUGUCUGACUGUCGUGGGAAGUGAUUUGCUCAAUGGCACACCGAUUGUCGCCGUCCAGCUGUACAGACAGGAUAUUCACGAUCAUCCCACAGCCAGAGCAGGGUGGCUAGAUACCGACACCCUGUAUCCCUUGUACUACGACACCCAGACUACCGUUGGUCGCAGGGCACACGAAUCGUUUGUCGCUGAAUGGAAACUGACCCCAAUACCUUCGGAGCUAUGCAAGAAGCUGGACUUUAUACAGAAGACAACGAUAACGGAUGUGUACUCAAUGGUCUCGGCACAUUGCUCGCACCGGCCAAUCCUGUCUCGCACUCACAAGCAGAAGGAGGCAAAUUCUGAUAAUGCAGUCAGCGCGGUACUGGCCAUUUCAUUGUACCGUGUUAGCUACGUUGUCGAUGUGAGCAAACGCCUUGUGACCUUAGUCGACGUUCAGCCAUCUCUCAAGCGAGAACAAGCAGAAGCGCUCAAAGAGUUUGACCCCGAGGCAGAAGAGGUCUCCUCAUUCUUCAAGGAAUUCCCUCCGGAGAAAAGCAAGUAA